AUGCCUAAAAUUGAUAUCGUUGACACUAGAGCAACGCUGAAACCAGCGAUCAUCUUUAUGAAAUAUAUUGGAAUGUACAGGGAAAGAAAUGAGGUCAAAAGUUGUAAGAAGGCACUGGUUAAUUCGUUACAGAUAGUGUAUAUUGUCGUGAUACAGAUUCUAUUCAUGGCCAUGACGGCUAAAUACGUUUUAGUAGUUUUUAAAGAACAGAAGCUCGGUCGGCUUUUACCACUGUUUGCAAUAUCCGUGAAUAGUGGGGGAAUUACUUUUAUUUCAUUAGCUGCUCAGUUAACCUUUAACAAAAAUUAUGAGAGGUUUGUAGCAGCCUUUGACGAUCACCAAAGGAAAUUUGGAGUUUUGAAGUUCGCAUCAAUCUCUAAGAAAAUGGUAAAAGUGGCAAUUAUUGUAAUGUUGUGCUUAAGUUCUCUAUAUUCGGCUUGGUACACUUAUUUAUUAUACACCGGUAAACAUGAAUUGGAAAAUGUUCUGUUCCCGUUUAAUUUUGAUAACUGGACAAACACAGUUGUCGCCUUUACCUUACUACUGUUACAUCAAGGGUACCAAAUGUGUCAUUGGCAUGCCAUAUCGUCCAUUGCUUAUUAUACGUUCAUCGUUAUUCUGAUAGAGUUUACAGUCCUUGCUACGAACCUAAAGGAUGUAAUGAAAAAGCACGUGCAAACGAAAACAGUUGACCCAGAUUUUGGGAAUGUUAUGGAGACGUUACGACAGAGACACUUAAGCCUUAUAAAUAUAGUGGGUCUUACCAAUUCUUUGGUAGCACAUCUUCUUUUCGCUAUAUUCACUGCCUGUAUACCUAUCAUGUGCUUUGUAUUAUAUGGAACUAUAAGAGGUGUUCUCUCGUGGUACGAAUUGAAUUUAAUAGCAACCAUUGCUUUGAGUUAUUUAUUUGUUCCGGCUUUUACCCUGGUUGUUGGCUCCUUCAUUACCUUAAAGGCACAUGAACCACUGUCGUAUUUGGUGGACAUAGAUGUUGAAACAGUCUCUGAGAAGGGAUAUAGAUCGGUAUCGUUAUUUAUCAGUCGAUUAACAGCAUCUAAAAUAGGAUUUACAGUAUAUGAAAUGUUCACCCUAGAUGUUACAGCUAUUCUCAUGCGAUCUCAGGAGCUGGAAAUAAAAUUGGGAGGAUCCACUUCCGGUUUUAUGUAUUUGAAUGCAACAAACACCAUGAGUGACAAGACGCCGGAAAGAAAAUUAGUAAACAUUGGAGAGCUUUUUCGACCUAUCAUCACUUUUGGAAAAAUCACGUGCUUAUUCGGUGGAUUUUCGAAAGGAAGAGGAAUUGGUAACCGUAUAAUUCGAGUUGUUGGGUGUUUCUAUUUUGCUGUAACCCAGUUGUUGAUAUGGGCAAUGACAGCAAAAUACGGCGUGGUGCUAUUCAGAGAGCAAGAUGCUGGGCGGAUCAUACCGCUAUUAGCCUUGUUCGCCUUCAAUCUUGGGGGUUCGUAUUUCUCUUUCGGAGCCUUUCUCUCAUUUUGUGAGAAAUUUGAAGAACUAUCCAAAGAUUUUUACAACCAUCAGAAAAAAUUUGGAACAAUAGCCAUUCAUAGGCACACAACUAUUGUACUUAAAUGCAAUACCGGAUUUAAUGUAGCCUCUAGUGUAUCUAACGCUAUCUGGAUGUGCACUAUGUAUUAUUGGUUUGGACGAAAGGAUUUAGAAAGGUUGAUUUAUCCCUUAAAUUUUAACACUCCUCUGAGCACCGGCAUUUCUAUUACGCUCUUAUUCCUUCACCAGCUUUUUGUGGGAUCUCAUUUAAACAUCAUGGCCUACACCUCAUGUGGCAUGUUUUACAUUGUUUAUGCCACUUUUAAAACAGUGUCCAAAAAUGUUCAAAAUGUCGUCGAUAAAAUCGUAGCAGAAGGCGAACCAGCCAGUGAAAAUGUGAUUGAAUCUUUUCGACAAGAACAUAACAGCGCAGUUCAGAUUCUAGAACAUGUCAACACUAUGCUACGUCAUUAUUUAUUUAGUAUAUUUUUGACGUGUGUACCUAUUGUAUUAUUCGCCUUAUAUGGUGUGAUAAGAAAGCUGUUGACCAGAUAUGAAACGUUUUUAGUGAUGUCUGUGGCUUUUGUUUAUUUCCAUCAAGUUGUUAUAUUCAUGGUAUUUGGGGCGCUUAUAGCAUUACAAGCUCAGAGUCCAUUAGAUAAGUUAUUAAGUAUAGAUGCCAGGAGGAUAUCAGAUGGGGGCUUUAAAUCUAUGAGGCUGUUCAUUGAUCGUUUAAAAGGUUCUGUGAUAGGAUUUAGAGUGUAUGAAUUAUUGACCUUAGACACCUCAGCUAUCUUAAUGUUUGUCGGUACGCUGGUCACUUAUACAGUGGUGAUGUUACAGUUCACUACUGAACCACAAUCCAGUGAUUUAGUAUCAAACAGCACCAAUACAACAAUGUUAUAG